AUGUGGUCUCAAGGUCUCAUUCCAGAGGCCAUUUUUUCCUUCUAUUUAAAUCCUGACACAAGCGCCGAAUCCGGAGGCGAACUCAUAUUCGGUGGUGCAGACUCAAGUAAAUACACGGGCUCCAUUACUUAUACUUCUGUUGCAAUAGAAGGAUAUUGGGAGUUCCUAAUGACUAGUGUUAGUGUUGGAUCAACUAUUGUAAGCUCAUCAGCAUACGCUAUUGCUGAUACAGGUACAACACUCAUUAUCGGACCUACUGCUCAAGUUACUGCAUUGAAUGUUGCCCUGGGUGGUACUUACGAUUCAUCUAGUCAAAUAGUAUAUUUUUUUCUUACUAGUCUACCUAACGAAUAUCAUUUAAAUCUUGUCAUUCUUUUUAAGUAUACGGUCGAUUGCUACAACCGUUCGAUAUCUUCAUUUCCCAAUGUUACCUUCACAAUAAGUGAUACAGUUUUUACAUUAACACCAUUACAAUAUCUGUUGAUCAUCCGUGACGAGUCAAAUGGUUACGUUUGCUUUAGCAUCUUUGCUCCACAAAAUAUAAGAGAUUCCGUUGGCAAUCGUUUCUGGAUCUUGGGCGAUUACUUUCUCUAUCGUUAUUAUUCAGUAUUCGAUAUAGUAAACAAUCGAGUAGGCUUUGCUACAUCGAUAUCGUACGACUGGACACAAAGCGUUGAUUCUUCUUUGUUUCCAACAACAACAAUCAUUACGACAGAAGCAACUACUCAUACACCUAGGCAAGGAAAUGCUACUGACUAUAGACUAUCACUUGAUUUUUAUUUUUUCACAUUAAUAAUGAUGGUAGUUACUCGUUAUAUGAAUAGUUUUCGAUAA